AUGGCCAUCCUAUCCACUCUAGCCACCCUCCUCAAGGAAUACAUCGCAUCGCUCCUAACAUGGAAAGCCUUAGCGCUAUUCCUGGCGGUGAUCAACCUGAAGAACCUCCCUCUCGCAUGGCACGCCCGCCUAGCCAAAAACCUCUACCUCAACAUCCGGCGCACACCAACCGACCCCCACCACCCACCGCACACGCACCCGCAACCGCACAGCAAACACCCGAUCUUCCUCCCGCUCACCAUAACCUCGCGCACCCCAAUCCUAGAAACAGACUACAACCUCCACAAAUCCAACAGCACGUAUUUCUCCGAUCUGGACAUCGCGCGCACCGCCCUCGCCACCCGGAUCUUCACGCCGGGCUCCCGCAUCGUCAACCGCGAGCUGGACGCCGAGAUCGCCUCCUCCUCCUCCCAGACCCAAUCCGGUAGUGCAAGCGCAGGUGCAGCCGGGGCCGGGGCCGGGGGUAAACUAGGCCUGUAUAUAGCCCUAGGCAGCGUGUUUUGCAGCUUCAAGCGCGAGAUCAAGCCGUUCGAGCGGUAUGAGAUCUCCUCUCGCGUGGUUGCUUGGGAUGAGAAGUGGGUUUAUAUGGUUAGUUUCUUUGUGAGGCCUUCUAGGGCUUCGGGGAAGGGGGAUAAGGCUGAAGGGAAAGAGAGGGGCAGGUUGUUGGCGACGGCUGUUAGUAAGUAUGUUGUUAAGAAGGGCCGGAUGACUGUUCCUCCUGAGCGGGUGUUACGGGCUAGUGGCUUUUUGCCGGAUAGGACGGGUAAUAUCACCGGGACGGGGACUGGGAUAGGGGGUCUUACGCCGGGGGAGAGUAGUGAUGACGGGAUCACGGCUGCUGCGACCGCUACUGCUGUGGAUGCGGAGGUUGUGAGGGAGGUUUUGGUGAGUGGUGGGAUUGGGGAUGAGGAGGAAGAGACGAAGGAGGAGCUCCGGCGGAGGAAUGUCGGUUCGUGGAAUGAGGAGGACUGGCCGUGGGAGAGGAUCGAGGAGGAACGGUUGCGUGGGUUGAAGGUUGUGGAGGGCUAUGCGGGUUUGGAUGCGAAGUUGUUUGAGGAGUGGGGUGGGGAGUGA